AGCCCCACCCUGUGCAUGCGCCAUCCUCCUCCUCCCCCCCCCUCCCCCGGUUCGGAGCAUGCGCUUUGGGGCCUAUACUGUCCCGAGGCCCUGUUCCAUCUAGGCGGGAUCCACUUCUUCCCACAUUGCACCGCGACAGCAGCGCGCGCGACUCUGACCGGACGAGCGUCCUGUUGUUUUGUGUGUCGGUGCCAUGGCGGCCGCGCUGCUGGGCCGGGCCCUGGCCGCUCUUCCCAGUGCCCGGCACGUUCUCAGGUGAAGGCACCGCCCGGGGCUAGCGGCGAAACUUCGGAAUGCAGUACUACAUACUCAGUGGAGAAGUGGUUUUCAAAACAGAUCAAUUCAGAUAAUCCUCCAAAGCGACCCUUAACAGCCUACUUUCGUUUUGUAAAAGAUCAGCAGCCCAUUUUUAGAAAACAAAAUCCAGAUGUGAGCAUUUUGGAGAUAGCAAAAAAAAUUGCAUAUGCUUGGAAAGAGCUACCAGUGUCAGAGAAACAAACAUAUGAAGCAGCUGCAAAGGUAGAGCGGGAAGCAUACAAAGAAGAACUGGCCAAAUACAAAGCACAGUUAAGUCCAGCCCAGAUAGUAGCUUUGAAAGAAGAAAGGAGACAAAAACGGGCAAAAAGAAAAGCAAUGAGGAAAAAGAGGGAAUCAACAGUGCUUGGAAAGCCUAAAAGACCUCGUACUGGCUUUAACAUUUUUAUGUCUGAACACUUCCAAGAAGCUAAGGGAAUUUCAGUUCAGGCAAAGAUGAAGAAUUUAUUAGAAGAAUGGCAAGAUCUAUCCAGUUCUCUAAAGCAGACAUAUCUACAGCUUGCUGAAGAUGACAAGGUUCGGUAUGAAAAUGAAAUGAAGUCAUGGGAGGAGCAAAUGGUUGAUGUUGGACGUGAUGAUCUGAUACGUUACAAAAACAGGCUCAAAAAAUCAGGAGUUGCAACAGAGAAGAAAACCAUAAAAAGGGUUGUUUCAAAAAAGAGGGUUAAAAUUAUAAAGAAGGUUCAAAGAACUAAAGGUUCUUCAUCGCCAGAAGUUAUGGCAAAAUUAAAGACAAAAAGUUCUGAAGAAUAAAACUGGUAAAUGUUUUAUAUUUAAUUACUUGAUUGCCAUGACUUUAUUCUGCUUGUAAGUGUUAAUGCACUUAGCACUAGCACUGAAUUUUUGAAA